AUGAGUACCCAACCAACUAGUACACAAUUGACUCCCUCGUCGAAUGCUGGGCUGAAAAGGCCUCGGAUUGAUGAUGGAGGUGGUGGACGCCAAAACGGCAACCCUGGUGGAGGAGAAUCAGAUUCGGAGGGUCUCGAAAGUUCAGGUGGGUCGAAACACUUGUACUUGAUACCAAUGUACAAACAGAAGGUCAGCUCAUUGGAUUACUCUAACGGUCAUUGGGCUGUGACAGAUGGCGAUCUUACUCGUGAAGAAAUCCUCGAACGCAAAAAAUUCAAGACAGCAAGACUGAAAGUACAAUCUCACAUCAGACAUCGUAAUGAAGGCAUCGGGAAAGUAGCGGCAUCACAUGAAAUACCGAAAGCAGCAACGCCGCUUGCGAGAGCUAUUCAAGAAUUCUCUCGUAUGCUCAUGGGAAUUCCUCGAAAUUCAAGAACCGAUUCAGCGUUAGAAAACGCUGGUUUACAGAAACUUCCCGAGCCUCCUUCUGACGCUGAACGCCACGCGUGGGAAACUCGGAAACAAAGGCGAGAGACGUUUGUUCGUGAGGCCCAGGACAAAGCAAUGGUGAAAUACCUUGCAAGGAAAGGGCCCGGGUUUAAACCUAACCGAAAGCAAAAGAAAACAGUCGAAAAAGACGCAGCAGAGAUGGCCACUCUGAAGAAUCCAAUGCAGCCGGUGAUAUUCUCUUCGCGCAUAUACGCCCAUCAUUUUGGAACGCAAUGUGAGGCUAGCUUGGCUAUGGCCGGUUUUCCAAGGUGUACAUUCGACUGGCUGGCAUCGUAUGAUACGCCUUGGAAUUCAGCUAUGUCAUUGAUCAUAUUGGCUCAUUGGGUAAAGACUUACGAUGCAAACGGAGCUAGAGAUUUUGGUAUCCUGGUGUCAGAUAACACUGCGUCAAAUCGGGAAGAAGUACUCCGGCGCUGGGUUGGAAACAAGGCUACAAAAUAUAGAGAACAAACUCGAAAUUGCGAGUUGUAUAAGACUCCAGAAGGCCAAAAGAUCCUGAAAGACAACAUUGAAAUAAAUAAAAGUAUUACACGUAAGAGGUUGAAUAAAACAAAGAUCGUGGACGCCAGGUUGACUCAAGCCACCAGAUUGUUCGGCAAAGAUUCACUGGAGGUUGCGAUGUUGUCACCUCCAGAGGUGCAUUCCGACGAAGAGCUAAUGGUGUCUAAUGGGUCCGGAUCUCGACAAAAGUUAAGGCUAGAAUGGAGGAGCUCGGAACUAGAUACUCUAAUCAAUUUGCUGGAUCAAGUUCAUCAAAAAAGACAAAUCUUGCCAAAGGAGAAAAGAUUGGCAAAACAAUUGAUUGAAAGGGGCGUGUACUCACCUAACCCGGAUGCAGACAAAUUUCCUCCCAAGGGUUACCAACUUUCCUUGGUUUCUCCAAAUUGGUAUGGACAGCAAGAUGGUUUGCUUAUAGCUGAAUUAGAACUUGAUGAAACAAAUGCUUGGGACAUCAAAAACUUGAUCAUGGAGGUGAUGGACACAUUUAAAUCAAUGUCCGAACGCGCAGCCGCUAUGGCCGGGGUUGGUGGGUCAAACUCAAUGUUGACUCAAUGA